AUGUCAGGAAGCUCCCGACUUCCCGAGACCCGGAGUGGGGAGGGAGGGAGGGAGGGAGACUCUCCACACCGGAGACACAAGUCGUAAGCAGCCUCUUGCGGCAGGAGCUGUCUGCCGUGACGGGGUGAGUGGACCUUCCGACCCAGUCACUGGCAGUGGCCGUAGUCCGAUCUCCGUCCAGCUCGGAGGCUGGCAGUGGGAUCCCUGUCUGCUUCCCCAAAGAUUCGCCAGUGGAACAGGAAAAACAGAAGCCACGUUUUGCGCCCCAGAUAAGGGAAUCUUGCGCAGCCCAGCGGCCGGUUCUCGUCCAACCACUUCCUACCGCUUCUGAGACGCGAUGCGAUCUGUUUGCCCGAGCUGGAGAACAAGGUUUGAUAAAUAACCAGGGUCACGACCUCUGCUCAAGUAAGACUCUCCAGCAGAACGCGGCAGGAUUCAGAAGAUGCCUCUCCUUGGAUUCCUCCUAUGCUGGGCGACGCUGGCGUGUUUCUUCACCACGGCGGUGGAAAGCCCGGAGAACGACCAGUGCCCGCAAGGAUGCAAGUGCUUUGCUCACCGCCUGCACGUCAGCUGCACCAAUAUCAGCCUGGCCGACAUCCCAACACAGCUGCCCAGCUUCACCUCCGAGCUGCGCCUCAGCUCCGAGCGCCUGCCGGAGAUCGCGCCCAAUGCUUUCCUCAACCUGCCCCCUCUGACCACCCUGUACCUGAACGACAACAACAUCAGCAGGCUGGCUCCAGGGGCCUUCAAUGGGCUGGCUCAACUGGUAUACCUGCACCUUAACAACAACGGCAUCGAAGAGCUGCAGGUUGGAGUAUUUGAGAACGUAACCAAACUAGUUUACCUACACUUGGAAAACAAUCUCCUUGCCAACAUCGUACCAGGUGUGUUCUCCUCCUUGAUAAAACUGAACCUUCUCAACCUCAGUAACAACCGUCUCACCAGCGUGUCGGAAGGGACAUUCAAGAGGCUGCCAGCACUGCGAUUGCUAUUCCUCAGCAAUAACCAAAUCAAGGCCAUUUCCCCGAGGGCCUUUGUUGGCAACAGAGCCCUGAAGAAGCUUUACCUCGACAACAACCAGCUGACAGCCGUGCCGCUCCGCACCCUGAAGAGACUAGAACUCCUGCAGAUUAGCAGCAACAACAUCUCCAGUUUGAACGCGGUCAUUUUUAAUAGAAAGCUAAAGGUCUUGAUCCACCUGUACAUGGACAACAUGUUUCUGGACCAAGACCCGAGUUGGGCACUUUCCAAGUUUCGACAGCUGGAGAUUCUGAGCAUGAGGAACAACCGCUUGCCGACCUUAUCCCACAACAAAUCUUUCAAGUCCGUCAAGCAGUUUGGACUGAGCGGGAACGCCUGGAGGUGUGACUGCCAACUGCUCUGGCUCCGAGCUUGGCUUCUGAAACACGGAGCGGCAGACCAGAGAGAGGUCACUUGUAGUUCGCCCAGUACCCAUUCCGGGAAACUGCUGGCCAAUAUACAGACAGAGUUUCUGACUUGCCCUCCGUACAGUUUUGAAGUCACUGCCACUCCAUGGCAAAGGGACAAGAACAAAGGUUCCACUCCGAGAGGUCUUCCUUCAACCCAAGGGACUGCUCAGGCCACCUCUCCAAACGCAAGCAGCAAGCAGACAACCAUGAGGGCCAACACUGUGGAAAAGGCCCUCCCUGUCUAUCCUGACCCAUGUCUCUCAAAUCGGAUCAAAGAGGUCACAGUGAAUGAAGUGAGCACAAACUCCUUGCUGGUGAACUGGGAUGUCCUGAAAGAUGUGGGCGAUGAAUACGAGAUUCGCUACAGCACUGCUGCGAAAGUUCAAAUCCUUCACAUGAUUGGUGGUGUUAGAGAAGUGGAACUGAGUCAACUCAAGGCGGGAACACUUUAUAAAAUCUGUGUGAUCCCUCAAAGCAGCAGCAUCCAUUUAUGCCAUCGCCCCUCUUCCAAUCAAUGCUUAGAGGCACAUACCGCUGGACUACCAGGUAGUGCAGAGGCUGUACAGUCCGGAGACAAGAAUGGACAGUAUGCAAUAGUGGGAGGAAUUACUUUGAUGGUGGUUCUAGUCGUUAUCAGCGCUGUAAUUGCUGCCGUCAAACUCAAGUCAAGGCGCAUAAGCUUCCAGAGACAUUACGAUGAGGAUGAAUCCACAUUCGUUGAACAUUUUGAAAUAGAUCCAAACAAGAUGGACUUUGAUCAAAUCAACGGCGCUUUCGAAGAUACCAUUGACGACAGCAAUGUGCAUGUCUCUCACGUGGUUCAAAGUCCAAAGGUUGAGAACGUGUGCACAGUGGAUUGUUACACCGCCCCCGCAGCAGAGUUAGGGGCCGCAAUUAAAUGUACAUCAUUCAGCAACGACAUCUUGUAACACGCAACAUCGAUUUGAUACCACUGACGCAUUGACAACGGGUAACCAGCUCGAUUCCAAAUAGUUUGAAAAAACCAUGUGCCUUCACUAAAAUACAAUUCAUAUCUGGAGACAAGGAAUAGGUGAUGUUUCAGGUUGAGAACCUUCUUCAGACUGAGUCAGGAGAAAGCCCUUUACCUUGGCUCCUUAAGUCUGAGGAAGGGUCUUGACCAGAAAUAUCAUCUAUUCCUUUUCUCCAGAGAUGCUGGCUAACCUGCUGAGUUACUCCACAUUUCAGUUUAAACCAAUAUCUGCAGUUCCUUCCAACAUAUAAAAUUCAUUUAAUCCUUCUGAACAAGGGCACAAUUGACUUGUACAUUGAUUCCUUUUACUGGAGAAAACAUGACUUUGGAGAGGGACAAUACUGAUUCAAUGCAUCCAACUGCAGCAGUGUGUUCGGUAUUCAAAACCAAAAGAUCUGAUGCUGUUACUAUUCAGCGAUCCGUGGCAUGGCUUAGCUAAUGUUUCAUCCUUCAAACACAGAAGAUCUGCGUCAUUAAUGUAGAUCAAGUGUUAAUCACUUCAUUGACUGCCAUUAUUCCUGCAACAGUAAAUAUGGUUCAAAAAUAUUUUAUUGGCUGUGAAGUACUCCAAGAUACAUGGUUGUAAAAGAUGCUGUAUAAAUUGAAGAUGGCCCAUCCUC